CGCAGCCCUACCGAGACGCUCAUGACACGGCCUUGACGCAGCUUAGGCGACAUACUUGCGCCGUGCUCCGCAGAUGGUAGACGUUGGGACGUGGUGUCGGCGUAGUAUCGCAUCGUAUCUCGCGGCGGUUUUGGUCCUAGCACGCGAUCUCUGCCCAGGUAGCAUCAACACGUGCGAACAUCCCUGGAUGGCCAAGUCGUAAGCGCAGCGAAAUAUUCCGUGACUGGCGAUACGCCCCGUUGGCACCUGCUCAGGCCAGCAAUACGACUGCUUUCGACUGAGCGACAUGCCGCGAAGCCAGCAGCGCUCGAGUCCUGCUGUCUCGGGGCAUCGGCUCUUCUCCCUCUUCUCCCCGCGUAUUCUUCCCCAGACUUGCUGCUCGAUGAUGUCGUCGGCCACCCUCUGCGCAACGGGUAAAAGUGAAUGCCCGAGCCAAGACUCACGAGCGUUUGACAGGCGGAGCGCCUCGCCAAUCAAGGCCUCGUCCGCCGCCGUGGGUUGCAUUGGAUUCGGCCCUGUCGAGAAAUGGGUGGGCGGUGCUGCAUAAGUGCAGGUGUUUUACAGCGAGAAGAGUGCGAGCACGGCCGUAUACACGUAUACAACGGAGAAUUACUUCGAAACAGGUAUCCAUGUCCCGUGCACGAGACAAGUGAGUGCUGAGUACACGUAGAUGCCUAAUAGGCCUGAUGGGUGCUGCUGACUGGGCUUACAGUAUAGCAGUCAGUUGG